AUGGCGGACGCGGUGCUGCUAAUAAGACGUCGUCGACGUCGAAUGAUUCGAUUGAACCGUUAUUGGAGUCUAAAAGAUGUGAGUGAUCCAUUUCGAAUGAGAAGUAAAGCUUUUGUUAGGAGAUUUCGAUUGUCGAAACAAACAGCGUGGAAUCUGUGCGGGGAACUAAAGGUUGUACUUCUAAGAAGGAACCUCUUGCAUCUGAAUGGAUAUCCCUUGGAGUUACAAGUUCUGAAUACUCUUCGCAUCCUUGGAAGUGGAAGCUUUCAAACUGUUGCAGCUGAUGGUGUCCUCGCCGAAAUAGAUCAGUCGACUGUAUCUCGGCACAUGAAGAGAAUUUUGGAUUGCAUCAUUGAUUUAAGGAGAACACACAUCACUUUUCCAGUUGGAAAUGAUAUUCCAUUGGCGACUGCAGCAUUCUAUGAUGACCUUUCGUUCCCUAAUACAAUAGGAGCGAUUGAUUGCACACAUGUCCGUAUUGAGCGCCCACCAAAUAAUGAGUGGUUCGUGUACCUCAACAGACAUGCGCACUUCACGAUAAAUGUUCAGAUGGUUGCAAAUUCCAAGAUGAAAUUUCUGGAUGUGGUAGCAAGGUGGCCGGGCAGCAGCCACGACUCCUUCAUCUGGAAGAUGAGUAAUUUGAGAACUAUAUUUGCUGGAAACACAAUUCCUAGCCGGACUUUUCUUUUGGGUGAUAGCGGCUACCCAUUAGAGCCUUGGCUGAUGAUCCCAUAUGCCCCCUCAAAUGUUGCCCGAGAGCAAGUGUACAACAAAAAGCACAAAAAGGCCAGAAAUGUUGUGGAGCGGGCAUUUGGUCUUUUAAAAAAUCGAUUCAGAUGCCUGCACUCAUCGGGAGGAAUUUUAAUGUACACUCCUGCAAAAGUGUGUCGUAUUAUUAUGGCUUGUGCAGUUUUGCACAAUAUGUGUAUAACACAAAACGACCACUGGGAUGAUGACAGUCCAGAUCCAAAAGAUGUUUCAGAGGAGGAAGAUGAUAUCGAUCGAAGUUGGGGAACCGAUGGUACAUCUUUGCAUGAUCUUGGAAGUAUGUACAGAGAUGAAUUGGCAAUUCAUUUUAGCCGCACUGGGCAUUAA